CAUUUUCACCAUGACCUCACUGCCUCAAAUGGACGCAAUCGAGCCUGCAACAGUUCAGUCUAAUCGUGACCUCUCUGAUCAUGUCGAGAAAACGGCGACUGCCGACUCCGUUGCUGGCUCGGUAGACCAACCAGUUGAUCUUGACACCGAAAGCAACAGCGGAGAUCCAGAGCUCCAAGAUCAAUCACAGCGUCUACCAUUCUUCCGACUCAUUCUUGCCUACCUCUGUCUAUGUUUCUGCUACUUUAUCUCAUAUCUCGACAUGAACUCUGUCGCAACAUCAUUGCCCACUAUAUCUGAGGCUCUCGAUGCUGGUCCGACUGUUACAUGGGUCGGAACGUCAUACCUUCUCGGCCAACUCUCAUUUCAGCCACUUUAUGGAAGAAUAUCCGAUAUCACCGGACGAAAGCCCAUCCUAUUGUUCUCAAUGUGUUGUAUCGUGGUGGGUGGUCUCCUCUGUGGCUUCGCUCGUACGCCCGUCUGGCUGUAUGUCUGUCGUACGAUCAGCGGCAUUGGCGGAGGUGGCAUAAGCUCCUCAGUGGCUAUCAUCGUAAGUGAUCUCGUCAGUCUGAGAUCACGAGGGAAGUAUCAAGGAUUUAUCAGCCUCGCCAUUGGGAUCGGAGCUGCUUCCGGUCCAUUUGUGGCCGCUGGGCUAAUACAGCUGACCACUGACGGAUGGCGAUGGGCGUUCUGGGUCCCGUCGAUAAUGGGAGCCGUGUGUUUUCUGCUUCUUCUCCUACUUUUGCCUCUGAAGCCCGUUUCUGGGAGCUUCAAGGAAAAGGCUCGCAAGAUUGAUUGGAUGGGUGUUAUGGCCUCAAUAGCAGGUAUCGUGCUGACGGUUAUGGCGAUCAAUUCUGGUGGAAGUAUGUGGGCCUGGGAGAAUGUGAAGACCGUCUCCAUCCUCACUAUCGGCAUCAUCAUGCUGUUUGUCUUCAUCAUUAUUGAGGCUUUCUCUGCCCGAAUCCCCAUCAUUCCCUUGAGACUGUUCAGGCAGAAAUCCCCAGCUGUUCUCAUCCUCACAGGAUUCUUGCACGACUUCGCGUGGCAGUCUACGCAGUACUUCGUUCCUCUAUACUACCAAACUGUUCGUGGCUUCACGCCUCUGAAGAGCGCGAUGCUCAUAGUACCGUUUCUGCUCGCGCAAGGACUUGCUGGCGCUGCUUCAGGGCCUAUCAUGGCUCGUUAUGCAAGAUACAUGCCCAUCUUACGGACUGGUUUCGCAAUUUGGACGAUCGGUGCCGGCCUCAAACUUCUAUUCAAUGAGCACACUCAUGUCGCCGUCUACGUAGUAGUUCUAGCUGUUGAAGGAGCUGGGAUAGGAUGGGUCCAUCAGCCAGGCCUUGUUGCACUACAAGCCAACUCUGCAGACGAAGACCGUGCUGUAGCGACAGGAACUCGCAACGUCUUUCGCUCCCUCGGCGGCGUUGUUGGUAUCGCUGUGUCCACACCUGCACACUAUGCAACUCUAAGCAAAGCCCUUUCACAAACCAGCGAGGUGCCGGAAUGGCUUCGUGACCGUGUUUUGGAUGGAACCUGGGCUGUUGGAGACCCCAACACACCAGAGUUCGAAAGCGCUAUCAUCGAUGCGCGCAUGCAAGGUUUUCGAGUGAUCUUCAUCACAACUAUACCUCUUAUGGCUCUAUGUCUCCUGGCCAGUUUCUUUGUGGAUGAUAUCCUGCUGAAGGGCGACGCUGGCCAGGGAGGUAUGAGAGAAGGAGGCCAGAUGACGAGGUCAACAAGUACUCCCACGGUGCCAUCGGACACCAAGAGGGAUGACUCGCAGCAGGCGGAGGCUUCUAAGGGACAAUAACGGUCCACAGACAUGCCACAGUUCAUAUUAUCUUCUGAGUGUUGCCCGGUAUUCUCAGGACGUGCCAUAAUCGACUUUGAAGAGCCUUUCCUAUUUCAUGGACCGGUGUCAGUAUCAACAUCAAACGUCAACGCAGGUUGUCCCCUCUUUCUCCGCCAAUAAUUCGUCGAAUCCAUGAUCUCAGGGCAAUCUUGAAUCAGGCUCCCCCAUUUCUUCACAAACGCGGCAUUUACUUCCCAACCUCUUGCAUCCCAAGCGAUAGUCCACACCAAAAGCGACGGCUGCUCCCCCACUCCUGCUCCUUCAACUCCCAACAGAUCGCCACAGAGUUCAUCAUCGUCGAACAACCCUUUUUGCAUACCACGAAGAACAUUGUCGCGGAACUUGGGGAAAGGGAACAGGUCUAUCCAGGGAUGAUGUGCCGUCGAGCGCUGCAGCGACGUUGGUUGAAGACUCGCGGGACAGUUGGGUGAUGGGAUUUGGAUUGGGCCGGUCUGGUAGAAGGGCGAUAUGAACUCAUCCCGACAUAGACUUUCCUUUGGAAAUCCAAUUACUGUGGCGUUGUCGGCUAUGGCGUUCAGAACAUUUAGGCGGAUGAUUAUGUGCAAGUUGGAUGGGCGCGGGGUUUGUAGUGAAUAGUCUUCAAGAGACUGACGUAUCAAGUUUCGAAGUCUCUCUGCUUCGCAUACAUUGGGUAUGAGUAAAAUCCCAUCGCCAAUGAUCGGUGCU